AUGAAACUCCUCACCACCAACUUCCUGACCUGCGCCGUCAAGGCCUGCAAGUCCUCCUCGGCCUCGUUCCCCCUGCAUUUCAAGGACGCCGUGCUGGAACGCACAGAGAUCGAGUUCAACCCGUUGUUCGUGAAGAACAUCCUGCCGCGCGUGAACUGGGAGGCGUUGACCGUCACGGCGACCGAGUUGGGACUGCAGGCGAUGGUGCCCGAGAAGAACCCUGCCGACCUUGACGACAUAAAUCUCGAGCGGGAGGGGGAUGACCACGCGAUGGACGUUGAAGGUGACCACCAGCCCGACAAGGAACAAGGAGAUGCUCAAAAGGAGGCCGGGAUCGACGAGGACGUCCUGAAGAAACUACACACCCUCCUCCUCGAGACCGGCGUGUCGGAGGGAAAACUCGUCUGUGGAAACUGCGGGUUUGAAUAUCCCAUCAAGGACGGGGUGGGAAAUUUCCUACUGCCCGCGCAUUUAGUGUGA